GCUUGCUCCCGUGAGGAAAGGAGAAUUACAGGCACUCGCUUCCGGCAGAGACUAGGCUUGGUCCGGCCAGCUGACAUUGGCACGCUGUACCCUUAGUGACUUUGCAGACUCUCCCGCGCCGAACGGCUGAAAGCCGGAGACUGUAAACUACCGGUUCAGCCGAGCGUUAAUUGCCUCUAAUCACCAAAGUCGAGGGACACGGGAAAACAGGGAAUCAACGGUCCGGAUCGUAACAUAAACAAGUUAGUCCUGACGAAGGGUCUCGGCCCGAAACGUCGACUGUACCUCAGACUUCAGUUACCGAUCCUAGCCUGUGACAAUUGUUUCACAAGGUCGACCAAGAGGGAAGAACGGGGAAAAAUCCAUGGCAACUACGCAGUAUCAGCAACGUCCCAUCUACUGGGACGGCGAGAAUGAGGACAACGAGUCGGCAAAUUUAAUCCGCUGGAAUAACUUCGAAUUUUGCGGAUUUAGUUUGAAGAUCGCUCGAAUAAUGGAUGCAAGACUGGGCAUUUCCUCGUAUAUCUGGGACGCUGGCAUUUCUCUGUGCCAGUAUUUUGAGAAGGAGGACAUCAAUUUCACUGGGAAGGAAGUGAUUGAGCUGGGAUCUGGCACUGGAAUCGUGGGGAUAUUGGCAGCUCUACUAGGUGGCAAUGUUACCAUGACAGACAAACCGGAUACCCUGAAGCAAAUAAACAGCAAUAUUUCAAUCAACGUCCCUUUAGCAUGCCGACAUCGUUUAAACGUUCGUCCGCUGACUUGGGGAGAAGAUCACAAAAAUUUCCCUACCAACUAUGAUUUCAUUCUGGGCUCGGACAUCGUCUACAGCUCAGUUUGCUAUCCCGCGCUUUUAGAAACACUGCGUUACCUCUCCAGCGAAGAAACCACGAUUUACCUUUCAUCGGAACUCCGAAAUGGGAACGGGUCCAUCCCUUUCCAUGAUGUAAUCCUGCCUGACUAUUUUAACUGUGAGGUCGUAAGCAGAUUAGAAUCUAAAAGUAUUAUUGUGUACAAAUUGACUAAAAUUGAUACAAGGCACAGUAAAAAAUAGAAGAUGUAACUCGAAUAUCAUUGUCACUCACCUCAUAGCAGGUAGUUCACAUGUAGCCAACGCAUCAAUCUACACUAAUAUCUUAAACAUAAUGCAGUAGUUAAAGAUUUUACGGCAGUUGUUGUAACAAGUUGCUGUACCUCUGUGACAUAAAUGGAACCUAAUUAUUAGAAAGUUUGAUCUAUUGUUUGCAAAGCCUAAUUAAGUU